AUGGAGGCAGUCCUGAUCUCGAGCCGGAAGAUCGUGGAAACUGCUGAGAUCCUAGUAGGCGGAGCCGUGAUUAGAUCGCAGAGGGCAAUCAAAUACCUCGGCGUUCUGAUCGAUACCCGGCUAUUGUUUAAGGAGCACUUGGAGUCCGCCCAGAAGAAAGCCAGCAGGACGGCAGGAAGCCUCUCGCGGAUACUCCUUAACACCAGAGGACCCAAGCAGAUCACCAGGAAGCUGCUGACUAGCGUCGUGACCUCACAGAUGCUGUUCGCGGCACCGGUGAGGGCUGCAGCCGCCGAGACCAAGUCCUACAUGCGGGGUGCGGAGUCUACAUACAGACUAUACGCUGUCCGAGUGGCAAGCGCAUUCAGGACGGUCUCGGACGACGCCGCGCUAGUGAUAGCGGGAUUGGUCCCUCUGAGGGAGUUGGUCCGCGAGGAGGCUGAGCUGCGCAACACUCCGUGGGCACCAUAG